AUGCAGGCAGCAGCCAAACACAUUACACCCGUGUCUGUAAUUCUUGGAGGAAAAAAUCCCUGCUAUGUGGACAAGUCAUGUGAUCUUACUACGACUGCUCAUAGGAUUGCAUGGGCUCGAUUUGUGAAUGCUGGUCAAAAUUCUCUGGCUCCAGAAUAUGUUCUGUGUCAUCCAGGCUUAAGGGAGAUUCUGGUCCGGGAACUUGAAUUGUGUGUCCAUGAAUUUUAUGGCAGGAACCCACAAGAGUCUGAGCAUUAUGGGCGCAUAGCAAGUGUUGAACACUAUAAAGAAGUUAAAGAUUUUCUGUCCUGUGGCACAGUGGCAUUUGGGGGGCAGACUGAUGAUCGUGAACGCUUCAUAGCCCCUACAGUGCUGAUUGACGUGAAAGAAACUGAUGCCAUUAUGCAGCAAGAAAUUUUGGGGCCAGUGCUGCCAAUCUUAACUGUACAAACACUGGAAGAAGCUAUACAGUUUAUGAACAGGAAAGACAGACCUUUAGCAGUCUACGUCUAUUCUAAUAGCCAAAAGGUCAUUGCAGAAGUCCUGCAGAAAACCUCUAGUGGAAGCUUCUGCUCAAAUGACAACAUGAUUCAAUGUCUGUACACAAGGUUGCCAUGUGGUGGGAUAGGGAACAGCGGAGUAGGAAUCUAUGGUGGCAAGUUCAGCUUUGAUACCUUCUCACAUAGUCGUGCCUGCCUGCUGCGCAACACUGCGGUCGAGUGCGUUACUUAUCUCCGAUACCCUCCCUAUGCUGAGAAACAGCUUCAUCUCAUGCAAUGGGCCAGCUCACUUUCCAGAACUAACAGAUGGUGCAACAUUUUGUAA